CCUCUGGUCCCUGGUGGAGGUCCACUCUCAGCUGACCUUUCCUUAUGUCUCCUUCAUGAGCAAGCCUCUGGCAUACGACUCUUAUGUGGACUUUAGCCUAAUAGGGAUAACUGAAAUUGAGAGUGUUCAGUGUCACACUGACCUGAGAACAUGCUGCAGCAAUGAGCAGGGUAUUCAUCGUGGUGACUGGUACUUCCCUAAUGGAAACAGACUGCCAUUUGAUGGGGGAGCCAACGAUAUUCACCAGCAUCGUGACUAUCGGAGAGUUGAUCUACGUCGUAGGAAUGCCACCUCACCAUCUGGCAUGUAUCAUUGUGAUAUUGCAACUGUUGAUGUCCAUGAUAACACAACCACUCAAUUGACCCGAAGCAGGGUGUAUGUUGGAUUGUAUGCCAAUGGAGGAGAUAUGUCUAUAUCUGGUGGUAUUAUGCUGAAUGUGGAC